AUGUCCGCCCAGUCCAAAGGGACCGCAUCCUCCUCCUCCUCGCCGUCCGAGGGGCCGCCGGCAGCCUCCAAAGCCAAGGUGAAGGAGCAGAUCAAGAUCAUCGUGGAGGAUUUGGAAUUAGUCCUGGGGGACCUGAAAGAUGUCGCCAAGGAACUUAAGGAGGUGGUUGACCAGAUCGACACACUGACGUGUGAUCUGCAGCUGGAGGAUGAGAUGACGGACAGUUCCAAAACAGACACACUGAACAGCAGCUCCAGCAGCACAACAGCCUCCAGCCUGGAGAAGGUCAAGGUGCGGGGCAGCGCGCCGCUCAUCAAGCCGCCGGCGCACCCCUCGGCCAUCCUCACCGUGCUGCGGAAGCCGAACCCGCCGCCUCCUCCGCCUCGGCUCACUCCUGUCAAAUGUGACGAGCCCGCCCGGCUGCCCCCCUUGGCCAACCCAGUCAAGACGAACGGCACGCUGCUGCGGAACGGGGGCCUGCCCGCGGGGCCCGGCCGCCUCCCCAAUGGAGAUAUGUGCUGCAUAGCCAGCGCCAGCCUGGAGAAAGUCGUGAUGCAGCCUCUGGUGCACAGAGCUGAGAAGGAGCGGUGUGCCCAGGCGGGAGCCAGGGAGCGGGUACGGUUCAGUGAGAAGGUGCAGUACCACGGCUACUGCCCCGACUGUGACGUUCGGUACAACAUUAAAAACAGGGAGGUGCACUUGCACGGCGAGUCGGCCCGGGCUGCAGGAAAGCUGCCACACCAGUGCCCUCCUCUGCCACCUCCUCCACCUCCGUUGCCUCCCUUUCUUCUGGAAAAUGGAGGGUUGGGGAUAAGUCCCAGUAACAGCUUUCCUCCUCCAAGACCUGCAACUGUGCCUCCACAAACUGCGCCAAAACCCCAGAAGACCAUCUUGAGGAAAUCAACCACUACAACAGUGUGAAGUAUGCCCCUUGUAAUAACUCUUUGUUUUUUCCUAUAUAUAAACAUAAAUAGGUAAUGAGCACUUUCUACUUGAGCAAUAAAAAGACCCAAUGUAUUACACCCUGUGUCCAGUGAAGUGGCAUAAAAAUCACAUGUGAAAUUCCGUCCUACCCCUUGACAAUCUUUAUCAACUUAAAUCAUUCGAGUAAGAAAUGAGAGGAAAUGUAUAUGAGAGGCUAGAUUCACAAAACUAAUGGCAAAGAAGAGAUCUUCCUCCUCACUGAAGUUUUACCUCCGGGUUUAAAUCACCAAAACUGCACAAGGAAGUUGUUAUUCUUUUCCUCAGGACGUGUGAAUUUAAUCCUUUAAUACAAAUUAGUGUCCUAGCUACCAACAGCACCUUCAGGCUUGAAGGAAUAUCUAUAUUUGGAGGCACGUCAAUUAAUUUGCAUAUCAGAUUCAUCAUUGUGACUUCUUGCAGGCGAGAUCUGAGAAGUAACCAGGAAACCUGACCCUUAGUGGAGAAUGGAAAAACCCUCGAAGUCAGAGCACAACUGAUCACUAGUGUAAUCUGCAUUGAAUCAUCUUUCUCAGAUCUGACAGCUACAAGCUGAGUCCUGGCAAAAGCCACAGCCUUAAAUUUCAUUUAGUGAGAAAGAAGAAUAAGAGAACUCAGUGUCUUGCCCCAUUGCAGAAACUGCUGUCUCCAAGCCUGACACCUGAGUUCUGUGCUGAGCAACCAGAGUACCAAACAACGAGUUUUUUAUGGGUACAGCCAGCGUCAACAAAUACUUCAAUAUGUAGCCAAAAGGAGAAACGAAGCACUUAGGUAAUUUCAGAAAACGGAUACAUUUAUUGUAACAGAGGAAUGUUACUGUCUGUGGGGAAGAAGACCUUUGUCAUCCCUUGUAUAUAUUCAAAGCCAUACAGGAGCAGGGCAUAAGUGAAGUUCAGUCACUUAAAAGGAUGCUGUCUCCUGUCCUCCACCCAACUUUGAGGAAGUUCGCUCUUAGAGAUUGCAUCUCGAUGCACUUCUAUUAUUUGCACUGUCACUUCCAUUCAGGGUAAUGAUGUGUGCCACCAUUUGCACAGAUGGCCCCAGGAGAUUUUAGACCACAACAAGCUAUAUUUUGCCAGGGCUCCAAAAGGAAUUAAAAAGCUAGAACUGAAGAAAGACAUUUAUGCUCUCUUUCACUAUGGGGAUCUCUUCACAGAAAGGACUAUGGUCCUUUCUUAGGAUGAAAUAAAUACAUGCAUAUACAUACAUAUAUACAUAUGUAUAUAUAUGAAAAAGCAGCAACGUGAUAAGGUGUAUUUAAAAAGGGGAUAUAAUCUUUUUUAAUAGCAUCCUUUUUUUUAAUCAUAUUAGCAGCCGAGAAAUUUAGUCUGUUGAAUUAUGCAUCAAAAAAUAUUCCUAUUGAACAUUGACAUUUAGUCCCAAUUACUGCUAAAGAAGUCAUUUGUAAUAUGUACUUGACAUAAAAUUUUUCUAGCCAUUUGUCUAUAUUUCAUGGAGAAAUCUAACAGACAAGCAACAUUUUCAGUUUAUUUUUCUAAAUAAAUGUGUUGUUUGUAUUAUUUGCAGUCACUCAUUUUGGCUGGUUUUCAUUAUCUCCAAAAGUGAUUUAAAGACAGAACCAAAACACAGGGAUUGUUUUUCUUGUUAAGCUGUAAUGAUUUGCUGAAUGAAAGCUUUAAUAUAAAUACUGUAAUUUGUAAAAUGAUGAAGUAUAUUUAUAUAGGCAAAUAUGUAUGGAAAACAAAAGGAGGUAUUUUAACUCUUAAUUUCAGAACAUAGUUUAUUUUAAUAUCCACAGGAAGAAAUUAAAUAUAUAAUGGGAUAGGGUUUUUAUUAUCAGUGAGUUUUAGUAAGUGAAAACUUGGAUGUUUAAGAAUGAAAUGAAUGUAGUCAAAUAAUGGUGGUUUCCCAAAUUAUACAGAGACCUUCUGCCGGCUGUCUCAUUUACCCAAAAACUGGUUUAGUCAUUUGAGGGGUUGUGAUAUUCUGGGGGGUGUGUGUGCGCUAAGGUUUAUGUUUGGUGUUUUGUUUGUUUUGGCAUACUGACAAGACCAUGAAUUUGAUACUAUUUGCUCAUAAUUUGAAAAGCUACAGAAUAAAAGAUUGUUUCUUAGAACAAUCUACAGUUUGGAGUUGAGAACAGUCAUUUUUAUCCAUCUCAUGCAGUGUUUUGUUGUAGAAUUAUUGAACAUUUCAAUGCUAGAGCUGUUUCGAAUAAAUUUUUUUUCCUUUUUUUUCUUAGUCCAUUAGCCUGUGUGUAAUUUGAAGAGAAAAGUAA